UGUCGUUUCAGACAAGCCAACAGCCACAGCUCCACCCCAACCAACACCCAAAUUUAUUUGUGAUUCAAAAUCGGUGAAUUUAAACCACCAACCCAUUUUCUCUUUACCUUUAUUACCGUUUUCGUUUUGUAGGCGGAGGACCGUUUACGGUCACACUCUGGCCGCUCACGAGAUCCCUCAUAAUAUUAAAGGUUCAUUCAUUUAACAUACUUAAGAGAGGCCGGUGCUCCUGUAUUCUGGUUGAGAUAUAUAUAUUGGGAGUAUGAGAUUAUCUUCUCUUGGUUGUAGUUGUGAUUGUAUCAUCUGUUUCGAAAGGCUACCAGAUUUACUUCAAUUGAGCCAGGGAAAUGCCAUCCAAUAAUUUUUCAAGAUUUCGUGGUGCAAUCUGGCAAGGAUUCUGGAGAUCAAUAUAUGGGCAAGAAUCUGGUAUUCAAGGUCAGAUAGAUGAUUUGAUUGGCCAGGGGAGGUUGUUGGUUGGCCGCUCUAGGCUCUUGCAUUUUGUACCCUCUGAAACAAAUAGUGGCCCGCAUAUAUUUGUUCGGUCCGGUACACUUGCUGCUGCUCAAGCGGAUCUACAUUUAGCCAAUCGAAGAAGAAACCUUUCAGUUGUUGAAUCAUUUUCUCGAGCAAUUUCCAUACCAUCUAUUUCGGGGCCUUCAUUCCAGGUUUGUGGGCAUCACAUUGAUUGUUUGCUAUCAAGGCCUUCUAAAGUCUCUGGGAUCAGCUCUCCGAAAUCACUAAUGGCUGGUUGUGGGUCCAGAUUGCCUCACACUGAGUGCUCUAUUGGAAAUUUGUCUUCUAGACAUGUUAAAAAUUGUGCUGCUUCAUAUCAUUCUUCUUGUGUGUAUAAAAGGAGUAGUGUUGGAUAUUGUAGAAACGCUACCAUGAGUUUGAGAAAUAAAGAGCAGCCUAAUAACUUCUUGUUGUAUGGUUAUUUCAUAUACAAUGCCGCGAAGAGAAAGGGGAGUAGCAAUCCAUUCCUUGGAUUUGGAUUUGAGCGUUCUUAUAUAUCAUCACCUGCAUUUUCAUCUGCCGGCACUGCACCAGAGGUAUCAUUUGAGAACUCCGUGAAGGAAGAACAGCGGUCAACCUCUGCUGAUUCAUCUGAGCUGAACAGUCCAAUCGUCAGAGCUUUGAAGCUGAAUUCAGGAUCUUGUUACCUGCCCCAUCCUGACAAGGAAGAAACUGGCGGAGAAGAUGCUCAUUUCAUUUGUUUAGAUGAACAAGCCAUCGGUGUAGCUGAUGGUGUAGGUGGAUGGGCUGAUCUAGGUGUUGAUGCAGGUUUGUAUGCACGUGAGCUUAUGUCACAUUCAGUCAAUGCAAUUCAAGAAGAACCAAGAGGCUCUGUCGAUCCUGCUAGAGUCCUAGAAAAAGCCUACACUAGCACAAGGGCAAAGGGAUCCUCAACUGCUUGUAUUAUUGCUCUCACUGGUGAGGGUCUCCAGGCCAUUAAUUUAGGAGAUAGUGGGUUUAUGGUUGUUAGAGAUGGAAGUACGGUUUUCAGAUCCCCUGUUCAGCAGCAUGAUUUCAAUUUUACUUAUCAGCUGGAGUGUGGGAGUACUGGCGAUUUGCCUAGCUCCGGACAGAAUUUUGUAUUUCAGUUAUAGUUGGAAAUGAAUGGCGUAUUAUAUUUGAGAGAUAUCAAUGGUUUGCUGAGUGAUCAUCCUAUUGGGCCUGCAUACUAUCCUGACAUUUCAAUCAGACAUCUGAAAGGUUUGCAGUUGCAGUUGGGAAUAAAACUUACUAGUGUGAUAAAUCCAUUUUUAUGGGAAGCACUUUUAUUCACUGCAUGGUUAACUUGUCACUAACAUUGGCAGCUCUAUUAGUAACUUCUGUUGUCCUGGAAAUUUAGCAUUUUGGCCUCUUGUUGGCAUAUGAGGAAGGCAUUAUUAAGCAACCAUAAUCCUAUCAGUGGACAGUGAUAACAACCUAUCUGGAUUCAUGAUUGCCUUAUCUUAUCCGUAACACAUAAUUUGUAGCUGUUAUUUAUAGAUUAGUUAUGCUUCUCCAGCCAUUGAGUUAUAUAGAAUUCCACAUUUUUGUGGAGUUUAAUUGGAAAGGCUGAACAUCAUCUGUAAUUUCUUAUGUUUUUUCUGCAGUUCUGGUGUAGUCUGAAGCUACAAAUAAAGACAAUGAAACUAAAUGGUUCAUGUGUGUGAUGCAGGUGUUUACAAUACCUGUUGCUCCUGGAGAUGUGAUAAUAGCUGGGACUGAUGGGCUAUUCGACAAUCUGUAUAGCAAU